UACUACGUCAUUAACCAUUGACGGAAAUUGGCGGUCAGUGUGUCACGUGCUGUUGUAAAAUCCUCCAGAGAAACAUGGCAGCCUGCUUGAACAUUGGUGGUGUUAGGUGGCUCCACAGAAAUCUGUCUCUGCUCGGAAACCUGUCCAGACACGGAGUGGUUCCGUAUCUGACCGAGGCAACCGGCCACCUCCAGCCAUCAUCGCGCUUCAGCAGCCUUGGUUCAGGCGUCAGCACGCCGACAACCGCGGGCUGCAGGCUGACGCCCCUCCACCGCUGGGUGCGGGUCACGGCCGUACCCCUUGUUCAAAGCGCUCUCUCAAAGUCCACCUGUGGACGAAACGCACAAGCUCGACUGUUUGGUAACCGGGCCAGUGGAUCAGGCUUCUCCGGAGAGGGCGGCGGAGAGAGCGCGGCUUCUGGGGGAGAUGAGCCAGGAGGAGAUGGAGAAGCUCCUUACGGAGAAGCCCAGAUGACGGCUCUCACCCCCAUGAUGAUUCCGGAGGUGUUUCCUAAUGUGCCGCUGAUUGCUGUGAGCAGGAACCCGGUGUUCCCUCGUUUCAUUAAGAUCAUCGAGGUAAAGAACAAGGCGCUGAUGGAUCUGUUGAGGAGAAAGGUGCGUCUUGCUCAGCCUUAUGCUGGAGUCUUUAUGAAGAAGGAUGAUAAUAAUGAGUCAGAUGUAGUGGAGUCCCUGGACUCCAUCUAUUCCACGGGGACUUUUGUUCAGAUCCAUGAGAUGCAGGAUUUAGGAGAUAAGCUUAGGAUGAUUGUCAUGGGCCACCGCAGGAUCCGUAUAACAAAUCAACUGGAGGUUGAGGCUGAGGAGGUAUCAGCAUCCCCUGAAUGGUCAGAGUCUGAACCUGAGUCCCAGGUCAAGUCUGUGCCAAGACGCAAAUCUAAACGCAACCGUAAGGACCAGUCAGCCUCCCUGACAGAGCAGCUUGAGAACAAGGUUUCAGAAGCUGACCUGAGUCCAGAGUUUCAGCCUUUGCCCUACCCUAACAUCCUGAUGGUUGAAGUGGAUAACGUUCAUCAUGAACAGUUCACGGUCACCGAAGAGGUCAAGGCUUUGACUGCUGAAAUAGUGAAGACCAUCAGAGACAUCAUUGCCCUUAACCCCCUCUACAGAGAGUCGGUGCUUCAGAUGAUGCAGGCAGGUCAACGAGUGGUUGAUAACCCCAUCUACCUGAGUGACAUGGGUGCAGCGCUGACAGGAGCAGAGUCCCAUGAACUACAGGAUGUCCUGGAGGAGACCAAUAUCCCAAAGCGUCUCUACAAGGCUUUGUCUCUUCUGAAGAAGGAGUAUGAACUCAGUAAACUGCAGCAGCGCCUAGGUCGUGAGGUGGAGGAGAAGAUCAAACAGACCCACAGAAAGUACCUUCUCCAGGAGCAGCUCAAGAUCAUCAAGAAGGAGCUGGGUCUGGAAAAAGAUGACAAAGAAGCUAUUGAGGAGAAAUUUAGGGAGAGACUUAAAGACCGGAAUGUCCCUCAGCACAUCAUGGAUGUGAUCAGUGAAGAACUCAACAAACUGUCGCUGCUGGACAACCACUCAUCUGAGUUCAAUGUAACCCGUAACUACCUGGACUGGCUAACCAGCAUGCCAUGGGGCACCAACAGUCAAGAAAACCUGUCAUUAGACAGAGCCAGAGAGGUUCUUGAAGAAGACCAUUAUGGAAUGGAUGAUGUUAAAAAACGCAUAUUGGAGUUCAUUGCAGUGAGCCAGCUCCGAGGCUCCACCCAGGGGAAGAUCCUGUGUUUCUAUGGCCCUCCUGGUGUAGGAAAGACCUCUAUUGCUCGAUCCAUUGCCAGAGCACUUAACAGACAAUAUUUCAGGUUCAGCGUGGGAGGCAUGACCGAUGUGGCCGAGAUCAAAGGACACAGGAGAACAUAUGUUGGAGCAAUGCCUGGGAAAAUGAUCCAGUGUUUGAAGAAAACCAAGACGGAGAACCCUUUGGUGUUAAUAGAUGAGGUGGAUAAAAUAGGCCGUGGUUACCAGGGUGAUCCAUCCUCUGCUCUACUGGAGCUUCUGGAUCCUGAACAGAAUUCCAAUUUCCUUGACCAUUACCUGGAUGUCCCAGUGGAUCUGUCAAAAGUUCUGUUCAUCUGCACAGCCAAUGUGACUGACACCAUCCCAGAACCCCUCAGAGACAGGAUGGAAAUGAUCAACGUCUCCGGAUAUGUGGCCCAGGAGAAACUGGCUAUUGCUGAGCGUUACCUGCUCCCUCAAAUGCGCACACUCUGUGGCUUGACUGAAGAGACGGCCUCCAUCUCAUCAGAUGCCCUCAGUCUUCUCAUCAGACAGUACUGCAGAGAGUCUGGAGUGAGGAACCUGCAGAAACAGAUAGAGAAGGUGUUCCGUAAAGUGGCAUUCAAUAUCGUGAGUGGAGCACAGGACUCCAUGGCCGUCACGCCUGACAAUCUGCACAAUUAUGUGGGUAAACCUGUUUUCACAGUGGAUCGCAUGUAUGAUGUCACCCCACCAGGAGUGGUCAUGGGCCUUGCAUGGACAGCUAUGGGAGGCUCCACGCUGUUCAUUGAGACGUCACUCCGACAACCUCUUGGAGGGGCAGAAGCUAAGGGAGAGGGUUCAUUAGAGGUUACAGGUCAACUUGGUGAAGUCAUGAAGGAAAGUGCAAAGAUUGCUUCAACAUUCGCCAGAGCCUUCCUCAUGACCAAAGAACCGGGAAAUAACUUCCUGAUCAGUUCCCACCUGCACCUGCAUGUUCCUGAGGGAGCAACUCCUAAAGAUGGACCCAGCGCUGGUUGCACUAUUGUUACUGCACUGUUGUCCCUGGCAACCAACCAGUCAGUGCGUCAGAAUGUGGCCAUGACCGGAGAGGUGUCGCUAACUGGCAAAAUCCUGCCAGUAGGCGGAAUCAAAGAGAAAACUAUUGCUGUAUGGAACACACACAGCCCGCCGUGCUGGUGUGAUCUGCAUCAUUCUUCCAGCUGAGAAUCGAAAGGACUUCUCUGACCUGCCAGACUACAUCAGAGAUGGACUGGAGGUCCACUUUGUCGACCACUACAGCCAGAUUUAUCCAAUUGUCUUCCCACAGAACUAGGAAGAGACCGUAUUAACAGCGUGAUACUGCACAUCAUUCCGGUUGUAGACUGUUAUAUUUUUGUAGCUCUAGUCCUGCUAUGGAGACCGGUACCAUCAGUUCUAGGAUCAUCCAUAGGUCGAUUCUAGAACAGAUGGCUUUGAUGAUUACAAGCAUUCAUCCUGACACAGAGCAACGGAGCGCUGUGAUUUUUGGGCAGGAUCAUUGGAUUGGAACCGGCCAGGCCACAAACGAGUUUGGACAGCAUGGUGACGACACCCUCCAAAGUCAUUGUGUCACUGAUGAACACAAGUCUGAAGGAUGACUGCUGCCAUGCAGCUUCUUUACCCACACCUCUGUGGAAGGACACUUUCAGAGAAGUCCAUCAUAUUUAAAUAAAGUGUAAGACAAAACUGA